GAUGGCUUCGCUUUCAACCCUCAACAGCCCUGAGAAUGCGCCGGCGGCCCCUGACUUGGGUAUUCUAGAACUUUCUCUAGAUGACAUAAUAAUCCUUCAACAGAUGAGUGACAUAGACAAUGAGGAAAUCGGUUGGCUGCAGACCCCAGAAAGAAAUAGAUCUGAUUCAGAAUCAGGUAAGCACAGCGAUGGCUUACAGAAAGGCAACUCAAAAUUAAGACGCAAUGUUGAAGAAAAAAAUGGUGAUGGAAAAUAUCCUUCUGGAUUUAACAAGCAAUAUUUCAUCGUGCAGGACUCUUGGGAUGCUGAUUGUAAGUCUCAAUCAAAGAUCACAGGCCAAUCCGUGGAGAACAAGCAUCGGUCAGAAGGAAAAUCAAAAGCUCAAGGCAAAUCGAAAAGAGAUCGUCACCACUUAGAGAGGGCUAGAGGUCACUCAGGGAAAUUUGGAAACCAGUCAACAAAAUCUCAUAGCCAUUUUGGGGAAUCUCGUGACAAGUCAGAGAGAUCUCAUGGCCAAUCAGGGAAAUCUCAAGGCUGUUCCAAGAGAUCUCAUGGGCGGUCUGGGAGGCCUCGAGAUAAGACCGAGAAAUCUCGUAACAACUCUGAGAGAGGUCAUGACAAAUACAAGCGAUCUUGUGAUGAGUCGGAGCGGUCCGGCCACAAGUCCGAGAGAUCUCGCAACAAGUCUGAGAGAUCUCGCGACAAGUCUGCGAGAUCACGUGGCCGGUCAAGGCGAUCUCAUGGCCCGCCAAGGCGAUCUCAUGGCCCGUCAAGGCGAUCUCAUGGCCGGUCAAGGCGAUCUCAUGGCCGGUCAAGGCGAUCUCAUGGCCGGUCAAGGCGAUCUCGUGAGCCUUUUAUUAGCCGUGGUAGCCGUUUAGAGAAAUAUUGUGACCUUUCAGAGGCAUACCGUGACCUUUCAGAGAAAUGCUAUGAUGAAUUGGUGAGCUGUCGUGAUGAGAUAAUGCUCUAUCGUCGUAGCUUCUCAGAGAGAUAUCCUGGUGCUUUGUUGAGCCAGCCUAGAAAUGCAGAGAGAUAUCCUGGUGAAUUCAUGAGAUACUCUAGCUACUUAGGGAGAUAUCCUGAUGAAUCGUUGAGCUAUUAUGGCUGCUCUGAGACCCUUUGUAGCUAUUCAGAGAGAGAUUGUGGCUACCCACAGAGAGUAUAUGACCAAAAUGAGAGAGAAUUUGUUAACUAUGAGAGAGCUGGUGACAGAUUAGAUAGAUACCAAGAAUUUUCGGAGAGAUCUUAUAUCCGCUCAGCAAAUUAUGAGCAACCAGGGAAAUACCAAAGAUACUUACCAAGAGGAAAAUUCAUACCACACGAAAUUGACAGGUCUUGUGUACUAAAAAGAAGGGAGGAAUGUUUGCAGAGACAGAUGGCCUACAGAGAGAAUCAACAGAACAAGAGCAGAGGGAUAACAUGGGGAUAUGAUCAAACUGCUGAUGAAAAUUAUUUCAGAGGUUAAAGAGUGGCUUCCACUCACUGAGAUUCCUGAAGACAAGAUUAAAGCAAGAUCGACCUCCCGUUCCGAAGCAAACAUUUAGUAAUCAAAGGGUUUCAGUUUACAGAGAUACUGCUCUGAGAUCUGAUGAAGAGCAAGCAUACGCUUUCAAUAUUGUUUCAAUGUUACUAACCUUUCAUAGAUCUGUUCGUUGUAUUUUUUCCUAAAUAAGCUUUAACAUGAAUAAUCUUUCCAAACUAAGUGUUCA